CAACGCAGCGUAAUUCUGUAUAACUGUUAGCUUUUAUCAUCACGUUUAGCUGUUCAAAGCAGUAAAAUGUUCCGACAAAUAGUGAAAUUUGCAACCCCAGGAACGGCAGUCCUCUCAGCCGGGCUAUUCCCUUUCAACACCAACGAAAACGACCGCAUCGAACAUGCACCGAUGCAGAAAAUGCUCGCCGAUGCGCCCGGCGAUCAGCAAACUGGCAAGGAACGACUGUAUCUUAUGUUCAGUAUCGACGAAUUUGGUCGAGUGUCCAGUGAGGUGAAUUCCAUCUACCAGGCAGGCUUUCUGGGCUUCCUGGUGGGAGCGUGCUACGGUGGGUUUAUUAAUUCGCGAGUGGCUUACAUGAACUUUAUGGAACGGAAUCAGGCCACGGCCUUCAAAUCCAGCUUUGAAGCAAAGCGACAACUUCAGGACCAAGUGACGAUCAAUUUUGCCAAGGGAGCAUUCAAAUGGGGAUGGAGAUUAGCGUUGUUCACUACAAGCUAUAUUGGACUACAAACUGUGAUAUCGGUUUACCGUGGAAAGUCUUCCAUCUACGAGUACCUAGUGGCGGGAGGAGUUACCGGUGCAAUGUACAAAUUCAACAUGGGCCCGAAAGGGAUGACCAGCGGUGGACUGGUGGGUAUGGCCUUGGGAAGUGCUGCUGGAUUAGCAUCGUUGGCUAUACUCAAAUCAACUGGAACCACUAUGGAAGAGGUUCGCUUUUGGCAGUACAAGUGGAGAGUCAAUCGAGACGAGGCGAUAAACGAAAGUAUGAAAAUGCAGAGCACGGAGGAAGCCGAUCUGUUGUUGGCGAAUCAUCAUGAAAAGUUUGGAACCUCCAAUAUCGCACUGGAGAACAUUGUAACCAGUAGCACGAAGAGUAGCAGUUCGGAUACCCCAACAACACCGACUAAAACGGAGGAAGGCGUGAAAAAGUAAACGUUUGUAAGGUAUAGUGUAUGAAAAA